GAUUUAUCUAUCGCAGAAAUCAUGCGCAAUACAUAAGUUUGAAAGCAGUCUUACUUGAGUUACAAAUUUUACAAUACAUCUAGUUAGUUUAUUGGGAUAAUAUUUCAUUAUACUGGAUGUUCAUUGUGUUGGAAAGUUGUUAGUUUAAAGCCACCCCGCCAAGCAUGAUAAACACAAUAUAACUUCCAACAUCACAAUGAAUGUAUUUGAAGAGAUAAAAGAGAAGCAAAUAAUAUUCACUCGAGCGAAAUAUUUCUUUUCCGUCCCGUUCGACUUUCUCGCUCACGCAAUAUCAUUUCACUAAUAUAACAAUGUCAAUGUUUUCAGAUAUCUGGAGCACUAAUGACGCCGACGACGUUACGAACUACAUAUGCAACGUUUGUAAUGCCGGCUUUCGGCGAAUCGCCGAUCUCUACAAACACAAAUGCGGUCCGCCGCCGCGCUACGGUUGCCCCUAUUGUCACAUGAAGGGCAAUCAAUCGUCGAACAUUUAUCGACACGCUGCCAGUCCUGCGGCAGACAACCCUCCCACCUCCACCAGCAUCCUCGCGCGGUCCACGGCACCCACAAACGCGGCAGAAAAUCCUACGUUUGCCAGAACUGCGGCAAGACCUACAAGUGGUACAGUGGCCUACACCGGCACUUGACUUACGAAUGCGGCAAACCACCGCGUUUCCAGUGCCCGUAUUGCAACUACAUUGCCAAGCAUCGUUCCCACAUCUACUGCCACAUCAAGAGUACACACGCGCAAAGUGCCGUGUACGCGGUCGAUAUCCAGCAGAGGUCCGAUUGAGUGGUAUCGCGCGGUUGCGCUUAUCACCCGAUAAGCCUUACCUUUUAUUCCUUCUAUUGCCACGGGAUUUUCAAAA